UGUUGUAAUAUUCCAAUUGAUUUAUUUUUAACAGAAAUCCUAUUGUGUAUCUAUAAACUUAGCUAUCCCGAUUGUAAACUUCUACUAAAAAAUGGCUCGUACAAAGCAAACUGCAAGAAAGUCAACUGGUGGAAAGGCGCCAAGAAAGCAAUUGGCUACCAAAGCUGCGAGGAAGAGUGCCCCAUCAACUGGAGGAGUAAAAAAGCCUCAUAGAUACAGGCCUGGAACAGUCGCUCUCAGGGAGAUUCGAAGGUAUCAGAAGUCAACGGAGUUGCUCAUCCGCAAACUGCCAUUCCAACGUUUGGUACGUGAAAUUGCACAAGACUUCAAAACAGACUUGAGGUUUCAAAGUGCAGCCAUUGGAGCGCUCCAGGAAGCAAGCGAAGCGUACUUAGUCGGCCUUUUUGAAGACACAAACCUCUGCGCAAUUCAUGCCAAGCGUGUGACAAUUAUGCCCAAAGACAUUCAAUUGGCCCGUAGAAUACGUGGAGAGAGAGCAUAACCCUUUUAUAUAAUUGAAAGCCGCAACAUCGAAGCAGACUGAUGGCACAACACUUCUGUGUUUUAUGCCACUGGCAGAUAUAGAGCCAGCUUUGUGAUUUAACUGCUUUUCAGGGUCGCUUUAUUAGUCUUUUCUGCUUUGAGCAGAUUGGAAAAUUCUCAGUCGUUUAUUUCCUUAGUGCAGUAGCCAAUAAUAAUAAUAAACCAUAAGACAUUUAUUCUCUUGCUGAUAUCGGUCCCUGCAUAUUUAUUAUUGUAGAUUCUGACACAUUUUUUUACAUGUGUCUUGCUCGUGUUUAUCUAUUGCUUUCUUUCUUUGAAGAAAAUUUGUCUUGCAUAUUGUAAACAUGAAAUUUUCCAAACUAAUUCUUUCUCAUUAUAAUAGCCAGUACUGGAUUAAAAUAUUUUUUUGUAAAAGCCGAAUGUGUUUCUGAAUCUAUGAGUUUUUAUAUAGGGUUGAAAUCUGUGGAAAUACUGAUUUAGUGAGAGUAUUCUUGAAUAUGGUACUUCUGUUUGGUAAUAAGCAUUCCAGCGCUUUGAUGUAGUGCCGUUUUGUCAACUUAUACUAGACGAGUUUUGGGGUGUAAUCUUAACAGAAAUGCUUUUUAUUUCGCUGUUUACUUUUCAUUUUAUUGUUGCUUAUUUCUCUGUUGAUUGGUCUUUCGAAUAUUGUGCCUGUCAGUUCAUCUUUCUUUAUUUUCCAUGCUAAUGGUUUAGUUUUGGAAUCUAACACAUUGGACAAACUGUUAGGCAGCACUACUUGUAUUUGUGUUGUAACAUUUGUCAUGGUUAUGUGUUGCGGAAUUCUGUGUGAGUUCUGAAUGUUAAUAGGCAUUUCAAUUUGUCUUGUAAUGCUUUUUUGGAGCUGAAUUCCUGUGUCGCAUGUCUCACCAUGAUUUUAAUCAGUUAUUGAAUAUACAUUUUUAAUAAGCUG